AUGCACUACGUCAACAAUAACAUCUAUCUUGAGCUUGCAAAAUUGGACUACAAUAAGUGCCAAGCCCUGCAUCAUCUGGAAUGGAACAACAUUCGAAAAUGGUAUGGAGAUUCCAAUCUUGGACAGUUUGGGAUAAGCCAAAGAAGUCUUCUCUUUGCAUAUUUUUUGGCCACGGCAAGUGUAUUUGAACCAGAAGGCGCCAAUGUGCGGCUUGCUUGGGCUAAGACCAAUACUAUGAUUGCUCCAAUCAAGUCAUACUUGGACAGGGAGCGCACCUCCAAGGAGCAGAGGAUAGCCUUCUUUCAUGAUUUUAGAAACAGUAGUAGUAGCCUGGGCUAUUGGGAAAUGUGGUUGAUGAAGUGGCAAGACGAAGGUGUAGAACAAGGAGAAGCAGAACUCCUUGUGAGCACCAUAAAUCUCUGCGCCGGCCAUAGGGUCUCAGAAGAGAUAUUGUCCCAUGCUGAGUACCAGUGUCUCUCUGAGAUCACCAACAAAGUAUGCUACCAACUCCGUGAAUAUCAAGACAGAAAGGUUGGUGAUCUCAUCUUUUGCAUUUCGCUGCAUGCACCAAAAGGUUACAAUUAUCUUCCGCGGACACUGUUGUGUGGAACCUAG